GCGCUCUUCUCUCCUGCCUGCCUCUCUCUCUAUUACUCUCGCCUGUUCUCUGUUGUUUAGCCUGUUAGCAGCUCGCGCUCGUGUCGCCGUCGCUUCUGUUUGUGGAAAUAUCGACCACCUCCCCGCGGGUGACACAAACGAACCUCCAGCCUCGUCCCCGCUGCGCAAACAAACACAGAACCCCGAGCAGGAAGCAUGUCGACCGCCCUGGAGAGCUACAUCAACCGCACCGUGGCCAUCGUCACCUCUGACGGAAGGAUGAUUGUGGGAACCCUGAAAGGCUUCGAUCAGACGAUCAACCUGAUCCUGGACGAGAGUCACGAGCGCGUGUUCAGCUCCAGCGCAGGCGUGGAGCAGGUGGUGCUGGGACUUUACAUCGUCCGCGGAGACAACGUGGCGGUGAUCGGAGAAAUCGACGAGGACACCGACUCCACGCUGGAUCUGGGAAACAUCAGAGCCGAGCCGCUCAACUCCGUCGUCCACUGACCUCACCUUUGACCCCUGGACCCCCUCUCCCCUUCCUUUCAGUUACUGUCUCCAUGGAAACUGAAGAGGGAGGAGCCCACGACUCCUGCUGCGACUGAAAUCACUCAACCGUUCGCCAUUUCCGUUCGACCUCAUCACGUCACCGCGUGAGCCGUGUUGCGUUCAAGGACCUCAUCACGUCACCGUGUGAGCCGUGUUGCGUUCAAGGACCUCAUCACGUCACCGUGUGAGCCGCGUUGUGUUCUGGGACCUCAGUUUAAUUGCGUAAAGUUCUUGAACAUGGCACAGUCAACUGGCUCGUGUUGCGUUCAAAGACUUCACAUAAUAAACUGAUGGAGUCCUUGAACUGUGUUGCGUUCAGGGACACCAGCAGUGUCCGGUGAUUCCAGUCACAGCUCCAGUCGUUCUGUGGAUGAUUUUUUUUGAAUCGAGACUGAAGAAAAGGACUAAAAGUAAUUUUCAGUUUCCGUGGUUUUUUUUAUAAAAAGAAGAAAAGUUUGAGUCGUCUUUUUGUCGCAUUCUGUUGUGUAUAUUAAAGUUUCAUUUCACGUAAA